AUGAAUGACCGCCUGAUCGCCGCCAGCGUCAUCGUACCGCAAUCGCCGGCGUCAUCGGUACCGCCAUCGCCAGCGUCAUCGGCCGCCGAUCGCCAGCGUCAUCGUACCGCCGCCAUCGCAACGUCAUCGUACCGUCGCCAGCGUCAUCAGUACGCACCGUCGCCGAGCGUCAUCGUACUGCAACGUCGCCGAGCGUCAUCGGCCACUGCCGUCGCCAGCGUCAUCAGUACUGCACCGUCACCAGCGUCAUCGGCCGCCACCGUCGCCGGCGUCAUCGGCCGCCGCCAUCGCCAACGUCAUCAGUACCGCCAUCGCCGACGUCAUCGUACCACAUCACCAGCGUCAUCAGCCGCUGCAUCACCAGCGUCAUCGGCCACCGCAAAUCGCCAGCGUCAUCAGUACCUGAUCGCCAACGUCAUCGGCCGCUGCCGUCGCCAGCGUCAUCGUACCGCCGUCACCAACGUCGCUCAGCCGCCACCAUCAGCAACGUCAUCGGCCACCGCCAUCACCAACGUCACUCGCGUCACUCAGCCGCCACCAUCGCCGGCGUCCUCGGUCACUUUCACGUCGCGGCGUCAUCAUUGCACUGCAUCGCCCGGCGUCAUCGUACCGCAUUCGCCAGCGUCAUCGUACCACCAUCGCCCAGCGUCAUCAUUGCCGCCAUCGCCAGCGUCAUCGGCCACUGCAAUCGCCGAGCGUCAUCGGCGCUACCGUCGCCAGCGUCAUCGUACGCUGCCGUCGCCAGCGUCAUCGUACGCUGCCGUCGCGGCGUCAUCGUACUAG